AUGAAUGACUUCAAGUAUUCUGAUGAUCAAACAAGUAGAUUAUUAUCUUUAUAUUUUCCUGGUGCCAAAAAUGGGGUCAACAAAGCUCAUUUCAUUGAGCGUUUUCUGGUUGGAGGAUGGAAAACAAACGAAGAUGCUGUUCAGAUGGCCAUUCUCUAUUUCAUCCAUACUUUUGUUUUUUCUCAACUAGGUGAUGCACCUAUAUCAGUUGAUGAUUUUAAAAUGGUAGAAGAUGGUAGUUAUGAGCAAUAUCCAUGGGGAAAAAUAGCAUAUUCAAAAUUAAUAAAAGAAAUGCGUCAGGAGUUUUCAAAUGCCAAACAAAUGUAUCGUCUAGGCGGCAUGCCAUACGCUCUGAAUGUUUGGAUAUAUGAAUGUGCAUCUCAAGUUCCCUCUGAAAUUGCUGUAAGAGUGGGUAAUAAAAUUUCCAGAAUUCUUAACUGGCGUGUUGUCGCCGUGAAGCCAAAAUUUGAGACCUUCAUGUCUACCAUCUUCAGUGAGUAUCCAUGCUCCAACAUUGUCCAAUCUCAACAUGAAAUGGAAUCUAUUGUCGUUCAUGACAGCCAACAGAAACCUGAAGCUUCAACAUCGGCUGCCAAGGUCAAUUUUAGAAAACCUCAUGAAGUCCCUGGAUUUGAGGACUUUUCAACAACACCACCCACUGAAUUAUUAAAGAGAUCCAGGGAUGUCGCUGAUACAUCUUCUCCACCUCCUUCCAAGAGAAUGAAGACUUCCCCUGCUAAAAAGCCAAUUCAAGUAGAAACAGCCAACAUGCACAAGGAUUUUAUACCACCAAAUGAAUCAGAAAAGACUGUUUCUCCUGACAAUGAACCAGGGGCGAAGUCACCAAAGGAAUCAGAAAAGCCUGUUUCUCCUGAAAAUGUACCAGGGGCGAAGUCAGCUGUUGACCGGAAGUUCAAGCGUUUGGAGAAUAAAAUGGAUUCAAAUCACAUUGAUCUUUUGAAAGCCAUCGACAGUAUGGCGAACCGAAUGACUGGCACAUCAUCUCAAGAUAAAAAAGAUGAUUUUGAUCAAUCAUUCUAUGUGGUUGAACAACAAGAAGCACCUACUGGUUUGGAGGUGCACAAUUUUGCAAAUAAAUCUGACCCACCCCCAAAAAAUGACAAAUCUAAUGUCCAGGAAGAUAUUAAGGGACCUGAACCAUCCACCAUGAUAAAUCAGGUGGACAAUAUAUCGGAACAAAGCAUUUCAGCAGAUGUUCCUGAAUUAUUUGAUCAGCAAGUUUAUUCUGAUACAUUAAAGGAAGAUGAACCAUCCGUCAAGAUACAAAAGGUGGAUGAUGUAUCACAACAUAAUAUUGUAUUAGAUGAUGAACUGAAAACAUUAAAUUUUACACCACAAUUGAAGGAUGUAUCAGCACACCAAAUGGAACCACAAAGAGCAGAUACUGAUCAGCUUAUUGCUGAUUCUGAUACAUUACAGAACACUGGAAAGAAAGAUGGAAGAGUAGCCGAUGAUAAAACUGACAAAGUAGAAGAGCAAGUUGAGGAGAUUGAAAAAGAAAAAAUCAAACCAAGCACAUCAGAAUCCAAUACUUCAGCACCAUUUUCGACCGAAACUCUGGAUGUGAUAGAUGCUCUAAUAUACGGACUUCCAUUACCAGCCAUGCCAUUGACAGCUGUUAGUCAUGAGCAAGUUCAGGAUGAAUAUCUAUUACGCGAUAGCCAGCUACCAACCACUCUUCCAUCAAAAGGUAAUGUAUUGUCUGACGAUGUGAAGACACUAUUUCGAAGAAGCAGGAUUCCUUCGAAGAUCUUACAGUCGCCGUAUCUUUCAAACUUUGGGUCGAGUGAAAAGGGAAAGAAAAAUUUGUCAGAUGUUAUGCAUCAGACACACCCUUUUGAAGAUUUUGGUAUAUGCUAUCAUCCCCCAUCCGAGCUUGUCACAGACUACUCUCAAUGGAGAGAUAAAGGACUUCUAAAAUCACAUGUCAACCAGAAUUCGAAGGAGGAUCAUUACAGAUCUAAGUGCUCUUCAUUCGGCUUUGAUAAAAUGGACUUUGUUGUGGCAUUUCCUAAAGAUAAGAACUGGUUCUACCUAAUGUCACAGCCGAACAGAUGCUGGAAUGAUGAGAAAUCGAAGAUGCAGUUGAGCAAUCAGUAUCGAUACACAACGACAAACUUCAUUUUCAAAAAUUACAUCGAAUAUGCACACACAUGCUACUAUCACCUUCUACCUAACAUGUCUACACAAGAAGAUAUGGCAAGGGCCACUGUUACAGCUCAUCAUGAGAGAUCCGUGAAGAACAUAAUAAGAGGUUUCUCAAUACCAGCCGGUUUGCCCUGGCAUUUGGUAGAUGAGGUAUACAUUCCAGUAAACUGCGAUAGAGAUUUUCAUUGGGUUCUUGCGAUAGCUGUGUUGAAAGAGAGGUUGAUACGUGUGUAUGAUUCAUCGCCUAGACGAAGAAGUAGCAACCCUUCCCAAGAGAUCCAAAAGAUAGCAGCAAUGCUACCAACAUACCUGCAAGACAGUGGUUUCUUUGACAACAACGAACGUACUGAUUGGUCGUCUCUUGAUUCAUACAAGGACAAAUCAACUGGUAACAUGCUUGAACCACAUCACCCAUUUGCAGUUGAGUAUGUUGAAGGAAUUGCGCAACAGGGAAGUGACAGCUUGGAUUGUGGAGUUUUCCUGGCCAUGUUUGCUGAAUAUCUUAGUGAUGGAAUUUCUAUUUCAAAUACCGGACUAAAUGUUGAAUUCUUCCGUUCAAGAUAUGUCGCACUCUUAUGGAGAUAUGGUUGUCAGAAGGCCAUUGAUGGUUAUGUUAGCGAUAACGAUGAUCCAAAAAAAUCUAGGAGAGACAUAUCUCCAAACCAAGGAGAACUGAUUGAUGUCCAAUAA